AUGUAUGGUGCACCAUGGUGGGCUGUGGCAGUGGACCUUGAGAACAAUAGGAAGACGCUGAAAAGAGCGCUAAGAACAGCACUGUGUAUUACAACGACGGCUUAUCGUACUGUCUCACACGCGGCGCUUUGCAUGUUGACGGGUAAUCUACCGACUUACAUCAAAGUUAGGAUACGUAAGGAAUCCUAUGAUAUAACCAGGAUCAUAAAAAGCUCGGUUGUUGAUAGCGAGACGUGUCACGGUAGUAGCACGUUGAAAGAAGAACUUGAUGUAAUCGGUAAGAAAGCUUAUAAAGACUGGCAAAGCGAGUGGGACAAUUACAAUGUUACUAAGAAAUUGAUACAGAAGGCAUCCAUUUUUGCCAACAAGAGGAUGGACAUCGAUCAUUCCACCAUGCAAUUACUAACUAGGCGUGGAAUAUUUAACGUUUACAGGAAAAGGAUCGGUAAGGAGGUCGACACCAAGUGCUGGGAUUGA